AUGCCGGUGUGUAGAGCUUCCGCCGCCUACAGCCACUGUACUCGAUCCGACUUCCUGAAGGUGGCGACGAAGUUCGCGUACCAGGCGUCAUCGAUAUACGCCAGGACGGGGAUGCCCUUGGACCGCAGGCUUCAAGCAGAGAUUAUGGAAACCCGCGCAGUCGUCUAAGCUCCCCAUGAACACCCCUUCUUCUGCGACGUGUGCCACCCGUGAGACCGUGUCCAUCGUAAAAGGAUCAACCACGGUCUAUCCGGGCCUCCCGGUCCUCGGACGUCCUCCCACCGAACUAAACAUCCCCGCUUUUCCAGCGCUUGGACCUCUCGCCGCACGAAUUCCGCAUGUUCGUCUGGUAUGUGGUUGGGGAAUACGGCCUCCGGAAACGCUGCUGGGCGAUAUGGUUCCUUACGCGACUUCCCUCGGUACUCAUCGUGGAGNGACGGGGAUGCCCUUGGACCGCAGGCUUCAAGCAGAGAUUAUGGAAACCCGCGCAGUCGUCUAAGCUCCCCAUGAACACCCCUUCUUCUGCGACGUGUGCCACCCGUGAGACCGUGUCCAUCGUAAAAGGUUUCGCCGGUAUACGUCUGUAGUUUCACUCUAUGAUAAAGGGUUCCGCUUAGCGGAAAGAUUAGGGAUUCGAUAAUACGAGGGUUAGCUAGGGUCCGUGGUAGGAAAAGCGACCGUAGCUAUGAUGUGUGAUCAGACGGACCCACCGAGAUGCAUGGCGGACGCAAGGAGAGCAGACACAACGACGCUCCGGGCUGAUUGUUUUGCAGUGAUACAUGGACAUUUCUUCUCCCUAAUGUGAUGCACGGUCUACAAAGAUGGAGGAUUAAACUGCGUCAGAUAUAGCAGUCAAUGCCCUCGUAAGGCAGAGGUCGUUGUGUGCUACUCUCUUGUUGAUCUCGCUCGGGGGCGAUCCACGCGCCCCACGGAGAAUCAAUGUUGUUCAUGUUAUUAUCAUGAGGUCAUGUAUGACAGUAGAGGAUUAAACUGUCGUCGAAUGGAUUGAUUUCCCGCCGACAGCCGAUCGAAGAACGCACCGCGGGGAUAUCACCUGCUAUUCUGGUGUUUUUUCUCGAUCCCGUGCGAUCGAAGGAACGCACUGCGUGGGUCAGCGCUCAUGUUACGCCAAUGUUAUACUGACAUGCAUUGAAAAUGAUGCGAACCGCGAGCGGGAUAUGGUCAUCCGACGGGUACCACACGCAUCGUCUUAUCAGAAUACGAAAUGCUAUCUCGAACCCGCGAAACAAAUCCAACCGCGCGCAAAGCUCGAGUAUCCCCCCCCCCGUUCGUAAAUUGCUACCGUGUCCCCCCCAAACUCCUUCUGUGGCGUACGCUACGGCUCAUUCACGGCACACGGUCGGGUUCGGGCAGGCCGGCCUGCGAUGCCCCUGCCUCCUCGCAAUUGCCGCAUAUCCAGAAGGCACAUGUGAGGUGAGAGUGGUUCGGAUCACGGUUGGCGGCGCGGCACUUGUGGCACGUCUCGCCCUGCCCGGGCACCCCCGGGUUCGCCAGUUGCCUUUGCUGCAGGGCGAGGUUGCGUUCGUUGCGCAAGUCGGCUAGCAUUAGUUGGGGGCUAGCGGACCCUCCGGGGGACGGUACUCCCGUCACUGCGCCCCCCGCUACUUGCCCCCGGCCGCCCCCGCCCCGACCGGGCGGCCCCUGGGUAUUGUGUCCGGCCACCCCAUGUGACGCGCCUUGCAAUCGUGCCUGCCGGCGAGAUUGCCGCGGGGCCUGCUGCUGGACCCCCGGCUGCAGCGCCAUCUGCAGGGGAAGCGGGGAAGGGUGGAUGCCGAAAGUUCCCCCCCCCGGUCCGAACGUCGGGAAUGGCGCGGGUACGAUGGGGAGGCCGAGCGCCGUCCCCAUGGCGGCGUUCAUGCCCGCGACCGGAGCCGACUUCUUGCGUAUACGCACAUAGUCCGCCGAAAACAGAACGUUGGAGACCCCGUGAGCAUUCGGUAGAAGACCCGUAAACAUGUCCAACACAUCGGUCGCCGCCCUCGCGCCGUGCGUUGGUCCAAGCGCUACCACCAGGCGGUCGCCCCUGGCUACCGUAUCUGAGAUUAUCUAAAUGUCGCCGGCCGAUUCCCCCACGGCUACCAUGAUGGUGUGGGUCUCUACGAGGGCACCUCGCAAGUCAUGCCACGAAGACACCCGACCGGCAUGCCGCGGAACCCGAAGGACCUUCAGAAACGAGCUACGC